UAGGCUUAUAAUGUUUUGCACAAGAUGUAUAGAAACUAACACAGGUUUCCCGUACGUUUGGUUUUUGUCUGGUUCUCAUAGGUAUGGUGACUAUCCCAAGCUCCCUAAUCGAUCUCUUCAUGAGAGAGACCCCUGGUACCAGUGGGACCAGCAAGACAUGAGGCAUAACUGGGGAGAGCCGAUGCACUGGGACUUUGACAUGUAUAUUCGGAACCGCGUUGAUACAUCCCCCACUCCAGUUCCCUGGCACACCAUGCGUAAACAUUUCCUUAUCUUUUUGACUACCAUGCUGAUCAUGUUUGGUGUUGGAGAGAUGUACCCAUCUUACAGGCCUGUGGGACCGAAGCAAUAUCCCUUCAAUGACCUGUAUCUGGAGAGAGGAGGAGAUCCCAAUAAAGAGCCACCAGUGGUGAAGCACUAUGAAAUCUGAAAAUUGUUGGAAGUGCAACGUUCCUUCUGUGUCAGCUCUUCUUGGGAUGGCAUCUUCUUUAGUGUGCACUGUGGCAUAUGUUAACAUUUGUUCUUCAACUUUUAACCACCAACUGCAGUGAAAUAUAUUGAUGAUACCUAUC